AUGGCUUCAAAUCAAUUAGCUACUGUACCUGAUGUUAAUUUAGUAAAAAAUGUAUCAUCACCAUUGGAAGAGUAUGAUGCGUUGGUCGUUGUUGCCUCAGAAUUGGACCAAAUUGCAGAAUUUGUUGAUAGUUCAGUUAUAAAACAUCUUCAAACAUUUAGUCAAUUGCAUAAUAAUUUCAAUGGCGAAGUUACGGUUACUAUUAUUGACAAUGUUCCAGGAAAACGUCUCAUUUAUUCACCAACAGGCCCAGUUAACCGAGAUUUCGACGAUGUACGUUGUUUUUCUGAUGCAGCAUCAGCUGGUGUUCAGAAAGCUCUAUCACUUGGCGCACGAUCUCCUAUUAUUGCAUCUUUUGGUUCAAAAAAAUAUCGACAAGCGAACUUAGUUACAUUACUUGCCGCACUUGAAGCAACCUAUGUGCCAUUACAAAUUCGAGAAGAUGUACCUGAACGUAAGACUAAAGUGGAUAAAUUAGGCUUCUUCAUUGGUCAACCAUCGCCUGAUGAUAGUUAUUACGAAAAAUUAAUUAAUUAUGCGCGAGCAAUUGAAUGUGGACGUGCCGUUGGUCGAGAUAUUGGUGGUGGUGAUCCUGAGCGUAUGGCACCACCACGUGUUGCUGAAUAUGUUCAAGAAUUGUUUAGCAGUUCGCCUCAUAUUAAAGUUCGAAUAAUUAACGAUAAAAAGCAAUUUGAAAAAAGCUUUCCAUUAUUCGCUGCUGUUAAUCGUGCUGCAAGCGGUGUUGAUCGUCAUCAGGGUCGUUUGAUCUUUCUUGAAUAUAUUGGCGAAGGUGAAAUAGAUACAACGGCAUUACUCGUUGGUAAAGGCGUAACCUUCGAUACAGGUGGCCUUGAUAUCAAAGCUGGUGGUAUUAUGGCUGGCAUGUCCUAUGAUAAAUGUGGUGCUGCAAAUGUUACGGGCUUUUUUAAAGUUCUUAGUGAACUUCAGCCAAAACAAUUCAAAGCUGUUGGCGUUUUAGCUGUAGCACGAAAUAAUUGCGGUGAAGAAGGUUAUACUGCAGAUGAAGUUAUAACAUCACGAGCUGGUGUUCGUAUUCGAGUUGGAAAUACUGAUGCAGAAGGUCGUAUGGUUAUGGCUGACCCAUUAUGUUACAUCAAAGAAUUGGCAUUGAAUGAAGUCAAUCCACAUUUAUUUACUAUGGCUACACUUACUGGACAUGUCAUUCGAGCAUAUGGAACAAACUAUACAGCAGCAGUUGAUAAUGGGCCAGCACGAGCGAAUGAAACAUCACAAAAACUUCAAGCAGCUGGUGAUGAAAUUGGUGAUCCAUUUGAGAUAUCAACUGUUCGACGAGAAGAUUUUGCGUUCAUUGCUGAUCAUGGCGAAGUAGCUGAUGUACUUCAAUGUAACAAUCAAGCUAGCAGUGCUACAUCUCGUGGUCAUCAAUUUCCAGCUGCAUUCCUGGCUCGAGUAUCUGGCCUUGAUAAACAUGGCCAGAAUUCUAACAAACCCUUACCUUAUACACAUCUUGAUAUUGCUGGCAGUGCAGGUGAUUUACCACAUAAUCCAACUGGGCGUCCAAUCCCUGCGCUUUGCCAAAUGUUUCUUGCUGAUCGAGUUUUUUAA